UAAAAGGAGGACCAAGUAAGGAAGAAAUGAACAACAAAGUAGUAAAAGUACUGUCAAGUGUGAAGUACAACCGAUACUGCCAACAGGUAGGAACCGCAGUCGUAGUGCUGCCACAGUGCUUACCCUUCCCUGACUUUUAACCUAAACUAUUGUGGCGGAGUUUUUUUUUGGUUUUGGGGGGGGGGGGGUGUUAUUUUUAGACUUUCGAUGCUAAGAAGACGGAGCCCUUUUACUUUUUAAACAACCCCGGCAGUGCCAGCACUUCGUUGGCCUUGGCAAAAAUAAAUUAACUUUAAGUAACUACUUUUAAAAUAUAAAACUAUACAAUAUAAUAUGGUUGGCAAUCAACCACUUGAGCAUCGGCCAAGAAAAAAUCCAGCUGUUCUUGUUGGAAGGGCUAUUUAAACAAAUUUUCUUAUAUUAUUUUUAAUGACAUUAGCAGAUAUUCAUUCCCAUAAGCCAUAAUAAGAGACAAUUUUUGUAAAAUAGGAAAACUAUAUAACAAUUUUUUUGAAAUAGAAGAUAUUAGAUAUUGUGUGAAAAUGGAAUUGUGCAUAGUUCUCUCCCAAGUUGACAAUGAAGUUUUAAAAAAUAUAAUUUCCAAGAAAACGGUUGUGGUACAUGAAUCCACGUAAAUAUGAAGGGGAAAGAUCACCGCUUGUGCCUAACAGUCUUUUCAGUUUACGCUUUUUGUAGGUACUUUGACACACAUUUUAAAUAUUGUCCAAUAGCCACAAAUGAUACACCAUUUUAAAGGGCUCGCUAUAAGCUUUGCAAAAACACCAAUUUCAUCUUUCUAUCUUUUAUGGAAAAAAAGUUAUGAUUUUUUUGGUGAAUUUUUUAACCCCUUUAUUUAUCUUUGUAUUUAACGAAAAAACUUGUGACCAACUUUCCACAUUUCUGCUUUAUUUUGUCCACAACUUUUUUAUUUUAAAAGAUAAUGCUACCAAACUUUCAGGAGACAUUCUCAAUGCAAUAUACAACACAAUAAACAACAAAACUUUUAUAUAACAUCAAGACUUUUAUUUUUUUAUAUAUUUAAUCGAGGGUAUGUUCAGAAAAAAGUGAACAGAAAAAUUGGGAAAAUCAUUAUUUAUACAGGAAAAAUUGAAAAAAAUAACAUGUUUAUUGAAUUUUAACUAAUUUUAUUAUGCUUGUGUUAAAUUUUAAAUCAUUAUAUUUAUAAAAAGGUAAGUAGUCUUUUUUUAUAUAUAAAAUUGAACGCAUGUAAUUAUAUAUAACAAAUACUAAUAUCACCCAUAAAACUAAUUACAAGCAUACCCUUAUCGGAGUAUGUCAUUAAAUAUUAAAAGGUAAUGGGGAUCUUCUGCCUGCCAUUUUCCGGGUAGAAUGCCCUACAGUGACUUCUUUGUCUUGUUGAUGAAACCCACAAAUUUUUCCUUCAUAAACUUUGUCGCCGCCAUCUGCAUCCAAACGUUCCGCCUUAUUGGAUAUGGGCCAUGGAAGGAAUUCCAAAGUUUGCAACAGAAAUGUAAACUUUUCUCUUCCACCCAAAAGAAGCCUAACAUUAAAUACUAAUCAUAAUUCUGAAUCUAUACAAUUUUUAGUUUCUUUUUAAUAUUAUUCAAGUGAUGUUUUUAUUAAAUUUAUUUCCUUUUUUUUUGUUUUGUUUAUUUAAUUAGAAAUAUAUUAUUGUUGAUAUAAAUGUUAACAUUUUCUUAUGCUUCUGUCCUAGUUUGAUAUAAUUACUAUGAUGAUGUAGAGUGUUAUUUAUUUAUUUAUUUUAAUAAACUUGUUAUAGACCAAUUCAUAGGUUAUCUAAUUUUAAUUUUAAACAAGUCACAGUGACGCAAUUUUCACAAAAAAUAUAUCAUAUGCCUGUACAAAAAAAAAUAAUUUUAUAAUGCAUUACCAUAUGCCGUAUAGCUAUAUUGCAGCUCAAGUUUUUCCGUGAUUUUUCGACUGCGCAGAAGGGAUGCGCGUGCGUCUUUUAAAAUACCUAAAACUUUUUGAGCAAUUACGUUUUCCACAUUCUGUAUGUGGACAUCCGCGUCAUCUGGAUCAAAAAAAUAAUUGUAGUCUCUUUUUCUUCCUGGCAUAUCGGUAGCUUGCAGUAAUAAUUAUUUAAAUGUAUUAUUAUUGUGCUAUAUAACUUUAUAGCCUAUACGAAAGAAAAAAUAUUAACACACUCCAAUGUAAGAAGAUUUGUUUAAAUAGCCCUUCCAACCGGAACAUCUUUACUUUUUCUUGGCCGACGCUCAAGUGGUAGAUUACCAUAUAAUUUAUAAUUUAACAAACUGAAAUCUCAACAUUUAAGCAAAUAAGAUAUUCUGAUUUGCAUACUUCAUUAUGCAUACAAUUUUUAUUUUUACAAUUUACACUCACUUUCACUUAGAGUUAGAAGAAAUGUGAUAGGCUUUAUAUGCUUUACUUAACUUGCUUGCAGAAUUUUGUUAAAUUUUCUGAUUGUUGAAGCCUAAAUUCCUAAUAAGUAUUUAAAUGAGAUGCAUUGUAAUUUUGAAAAAAAUGCAUACAAUAUUUCACUGGGGAUGCUUAAAAGGCGUAGGCCUUUUAGCAUAUUUCAAGUUCAUAUAUUUUUUAAAGCAUUUUCAUUUGUUAUUUGUGAGGUUGCUAGGUUAAACAAAUUAUUUUAAAUGGCUGAAGACCAUAAAUUGUCAAUGGAAGCCACCAUUACCAUGGUAAGAUUAUUAAAAAAUGCAAGAAGGAAUCUGAUUAGUUGGUACGAAGACCAGCUAGCCAAUCUCAAGGCGUGUAUUAUCCGUCUUGAGACUCACGAGUCAAGAGAGUUAAGUUUGGUGCCCCAGUGCGGUUGCACACGUUUCCCAUUGCACCAGGGACUGGUGACAGAUUUAUUAAUUGGUUUUAUUUGAACUUGAAUAGUUCCUAAAAAAAUUUAUUUAAUCUGUAAUGAUAAUCAGCCUAUUUGAUAAAGAUUUUGUAACAGUCACACUGUAUUGAGUAGUGUAUUACAAUGACUCAACUGUACAUCAAAGUUUCUUCAUUCUCUUCUAUCAGCUGUAGGAUGUAAAAUUCCAGAGGCAAUAUCCUAAAGCUGAUUAAAAAAAAAAAAUCAAGGCUGCCCAUUUAAAAAUUCACUCUUCAGAUUGUGAGUCAGACUGGACAGAUUGGUCAUCUCCACAAUUGAAUAACUAGUAGGCCCUACUUUGACAUUAAUUGCAGAAAAAUAAUGAGUUGCAAUGACAAUGGCUGGUUAUGCUAAGUUGCAGUCUUUGUUUUUAGUUAUGAACAUUAAAUUGCAGAUAAACCACAAAAUAUGUCAGCAAAAGAAACAGCAGCUAAAGCAAUGUGCCAAGCAGCUCGUGUGGUUUCAGAAAGAGCAAUAGCUGCAGAGCCCCAACCAGACUAAGCCAAAAGCAAUCCCAUCAUCACUGUAUCCUAUGAACGCAAAAGUGUGGCCAUUCAUAAUAGAAACAGGGUUGGUGUUGCAAUAGACAUGGAUAAUGCCCUAGUUUUUGGAUUCCCAGGUUAUUAGUAGCUACAAAUAUUGUAAAAUGUGUACCAUUGGGUUAAAGCGAGGUUCACCUGAGUUUGACCCUGGAUGGAAGCUUACAAAGCUAAAUGCCAGAAUUGUAAAAAAGAAAUUUAAUUUAUGACACCAUGCUUUGUGACAGAGAUGUAAAAGAAUUCAACAAAGUCCAGAAAUGCUAUGAUAUUGAAAUUACCAAAGAAGAGUGAAUAAACCAUAUUGCUCAAAAAAAUGUUUUAAUCACUUCAAAAUGUAUAGAAAUCAAAUAAACUUUAAAUUGCAAACUGGUGAAAAAAAUAACUACUGUAUUUAUUGGCAUAUAACAUGCACUGUUUCUCCCCGAAAAUAGGGGGCAAAUCAUGUGUGUCUGUUAUACGCCGAUAUAAUGUUUAUUAUUUUUUUCCUGAAAUUUCCUUCUUAAAUUUAGGUGCGUGUUAGAUGCCAAUAAAUACGGUAAUUCCUAUGCUAAAAUAUUAAAAAAAUAAUGCUCCUGAUGUAAGAAAUACUGAAGCUAGGGGUCUUAGGGUUUUUUUUUUUCAUAUGAUGAGCACUGACAAAGCACCUAACCACUGAAUUUGUCUAGAGGGAGAAAAUUCAUGGUGCCACAACUACAGAGCACUAAAGAUUGGUCUACUGGUCUGCAUGGAUAACGAAGACAUAUAUUUUCAAUGCAAGUAGGGAGUAUUUUCUACCCUAUUAUCACAAGUUUGACUGAUUAAAAUUUUCUUCACCCAUUUAAAAGGAUACACAUAAUGCCAAGAAAGCUUCAACUCAUUGAUUUUGAAGUGCUGCCCUCAAAUUGAGUAUAUUUCAAUGCCAGCAGUGAAGACGGCAACUUCACAUGCCAUAUUAUCAUUAACUGUGGUCCUGUAGGAUUAAGACUGAAAACGAACAAAAUUGUAUUAAAGAGGGGCAUUUGGACAUUAUUUUUUCAACCAGGUUUCCAAUGGAUCACUGAAUCCUCUCCAUGACCUUAUAGAAUUGUGUACUUCAAGCAGUUCACUUAUAAAAUUAAUAUUUUAUAAAACUCACUGCAAGCGGUAAAUUUAAACAAAAUAAUGUACAAAGAUACAUUUUUUUCUUUUGUUUCUUAUUAUUCCACUCACUCAGCCACUGACCACUGUUACACUACACUGACUACAGGCUGGAUAAGCACAGUAGCCCCUACAGUAUAUGCUCUAGCCGAAUAAAGUCUACUUUAGCUGGUAAUCUUAAUCUCAAAUUAUUUUUGGCAUUCUUGUACAUUUCCCGAAUAAUACUCUUUCCUUUAAGGCUAUUUAACUAUUUUUAAGGCUGGACAUAAACUUUAUGUAAGUUCACUUCAUGGGAAAAUAUUUUGAAUUUAACAGUGGUUUCCCUUUGCAUUUCACAUUCAACAUUAUAUAGUUGUUUGAGUCUAUUUAAUCAUCCUGACACAUAUUUGAGGCCAGAUUCAAUUUACUGUGAAAGAAACUUUUUUAAAUAAUCUUCAUUGAGUGUAUAAAUAUUUUUAAAAAUGUAUUCCUUAAAAAUUAGGAUAUGAAAUUUAAGUCUCACCCCAAAAUUAAGUUUUUAAAGAAAAUGUAUUAUGCAAGGAAAAAAAAAAGGUAUAUUUACUCAAUUUAAACUCCACACUGACAGUGCAAUGGAUUCCAGAAUACCAACAAUUAUACUAAUCUACAAUACAUACAAAUAUAAACAUACCGGUACUCAUUGAAUUAGCGAAAAUGAAUAGAGUUCCAACUCAUCGGGCAUGAGUGACCAACCAAGACAUUAGGGCCCAGCACACAGCACUGUGCUACUUUCAAUUUCAGUGGGUGUAUGCGUGUUAUAGUCUGGGGUUUACCAGUGCCAUCACAGUGGCACUCACAGCAUGUGUUACAUUAUUACCUGUAGGAGGAAGCUUGCCGCAUGUCAUUUCUUAUGUUAUUUUAAAAUUCUUAACGACUAUUAAAUUUUGUAUCUUAUACAAAUAUAAUAAUUUAUACAGACAUUUAGCAACAAAUUCAAGACAAGAAAUUAGAGGCUUUGUCACUUAAUGAAACAAAGAUGUUUUGGAGUGUCAUAAUCCUCAGUGUAGUAUUUGUUAUGACUUACUCAAUAUUUAACUGGAUUAUCUCAAGAUUGAAGAUUUCAAAGUUUCAUGAAAAAUAUAUCCUUAUUACUGGAUGUGACAGUGGGUUUGGACAGGCAUUGUCAAUGUAAGUUGUCAAACCAAUUUAUUACCUCUAUUUUAGAAAUUAAGUGAAAUAAUAUAUCAGCCAUUUAAUAAUGAGCAAAAAUCUGUUCUGAAAUUAAUAUUGAUUAUUUGUAUUUAUAUAAUUUCUGUACCAUUUACUUUUUUCAUAAAUAAAUAUCUGAAAAUGCAGAGGUUUUUCUUUUGUUAGAGAACUGACUCUGUUGCAGGCGCCUUGAUUACUUAGGAUUUCAUGUCUUUGCUGGCUGCCUUACAAAAGAUGGUUGCACUUAUUUAUCAGAGAGAGCAUCUGGACGAUUAUUUCCCUUUUUAAUGGACGUCACCAAGUCAGAAAGUAUUGAGCAAGCUCUAAAAAUUGUGAAAGAGAAAUUGCCCAUUGACAGAGGUAAUAUGAUAAUGGUAAUAUGAUAAUAAUAUUGUUGUGGUAUGUUUGAAUUAGGAAAGCAUUCUAUUUAUAAAUCUAUGAACUAGAUUUAAAUAUCUGUAUAAAUAUGUGUUUAAAUAUCACUAGUAUUUGAAUGUUUUCUAUUAAAAAUCAGGACUCUGGGGUCUUGUGAACAAUGCUGGAGUGGCCAGGAUGAUGGGGAACCUUGAAUUUUGUACUAUGGAAGACUAUCAAAAAGUUUUAAAUGUCAAUUUGUUUGGGCUAAUAGAGGUGACUCGGAUAUUUCUGCCACUGAUCAGAAGAGCUCAUGGUCGUAUUGUCAACAUGUCCAGUGUAUCAGGGCGAAUUGCUGUAGCUGGUGGGCCCUACUGUUGUUCCAAAUAUGGAGUGGAAGCUUUUUCUGAUAUUUUAAGGUAAUUUAAUGUAUUUUUAUUUCUCCAAACCAACCCAUUGGCCAUACUGCAAAAUUCAAUGAUUUCUUAGUGAUAAUAGAUUAGACCAAGCAAUGUAAUUCUCACUCAUUUUCACACAAGUCUUAAAGUGCUAAGUUAAUUUACUUUUCAAUCACAUGGUGCAGAAUAAAAUUCCAUGUGUUUCUUAGUGAAAUAAGCAAGCAAGGUUCUCUUUCUGUGCCCCCAAACAAUGGAAUUCUCUUCCAUUACACAUCUGCAAUAUACCGACCAUCACAGCCUUCAAAACUGCACUCAAAACACAUCUUUUUAAACUCUACUGUCCUGACUGAUUCCCACCUCUGACCAAAAAACGAUUCUGCUGGGUGUCGUCCAUGGCUUGACAUGGAAAUAGUUUUAAAUAUACAUUUUUUUUUUUUCAUGUAAUUAAUGUAUGUUAAUUAAUUUUUAAAGUUUUGAUUGUUUGUUAAAUUGUAAGUACAGCGUGGUGAGCCCAGCCAAGGCUGGGGUACCACGCUAUAUAAAACCACUUAUAAUAAUAAUAAUAGCUUCAUUGAUAUUAAUAAAUAAAGUUGUGAAUAUCUUCAGUGGUAAUUUUAACUUAAAAACCAAAGAAAUUAGAAUUGAUAAAAAUUGACAUUUCAACCUGUCACCAUAAAGUAGUUUACUAACCAAAUUUAUUUCUCUUAACUUUAUUAGCUCUCAAAUAAAAACACACAGCAUAUAAAAACAACUCAGGAAGCUAAUGUCAUUUAGUGUGGGACAUGAACGAGCAAACACAAAUCGUGUGAUGACACUAGUAACAGAUUAAGACGAGCAUGAGUAUUCCAGGAGCUAUAUUUUGUUAUUUAUAGAAGUUUAUCAAGGUGUUGAAAAUUGGAAUGAGUUCUCUAUAAUGUCCCUUGUCAGUGAUAGUAACAACAAUGGGAAUGAUGAUGCAUUAUGUAGCAGAGGUAACCCUAUAACUGAUAGGUUUUACAGAAAAUUAGUCCAGCAGCAAAUUUGUUGCAUUUUUAUCUGAACCUGAUGUCAGUUCUAAUAGCUGUAAAAUUCCCACUCAUUUGAGGGUCAAACCUUUGAUUGUUCAGGAAAGAUAAUACAGAAACAAUUUUGUAGUUUAUUAUUGAACUAUUCUCGAUGUGGAAUAUCUUUGUUUACAUUGAAAUUGUUUCCUUACAGACAAGAGGUUUAUUCUCAAAACAUCAGGGUGUCCAUUAUUGAACCUGGAAAUUUCAAGACAAAUAUAGUUGAUGUGGACACAAUGGUUGAGGAGAUGAAGAGGGCUUAUGAGAGGGCAAGUCCAGAAGUCCAAAGUGUCUAUGGAAAUGACUAUGUGGAUUCAUGUAGGCCAAAGAUAUCACUCUUUUAUCACAUAUAAACAUUAUCACAUUAUAUCACACCUAUACUACAUAGAUAUCUCUAAUAUAACAAAGAUUUACUAUUAAAUGAAAUGUUAAUAUCACUCUCUGGACACCUAAGUUAAUUCCAAUAUAAUAAAAAAUUGUUGGGGGGGGGAGUGGAAUACUGCAAUCAGGUUGAAGGAAUAUUAAAUUUAAUUCACAGGGAAGAGGGAAAAUCUGAAAGAAGAUGAAACAAAUUAAUGAAAAUGUCUGCAAAAAGCUCUGGCCAGCAAACAAAGCUUUAUCAAUAUUGAAUGGAAAAGGGAAAAGGAACUUAUCAUGUUUCUAAGAGAUCACUGUCAAACUGUCUAAAUGUUUUUUUCCUUUCAGUUAGAGGUCUAAUCACUGAGGUAAAAUCUACUGGCUCACCUGACAUAAAUCCUGUCCUUGAUGACAUCACUCAUGCACUCACGGCUAGAGUCCCUUAUACCAGGUAUAUCCCAGGAAAUGAUGUCAAAUAUAUCUUGGUUCCACUGUCCUAUCUGCCAGACUGGAUUGUGGACUGGGUGAUGAGGACAAUCAAGACUAGAAGAUCACAAAUAGAGAAAAAUAAAAGCACUUGAGUCAAGAAAUGGAUAUAAUCGAGUUUUAUCUUGACAUAAGAACAUUUCAAGUGUGAAUUGUUAGUUUACAUCCAUACUUGCCAACAUGUGGGAGAAAAAAAAACUGUAUAAAAAUUCCC